AUGGCGCUGAAAUCCGCGAUCCGCAACCUGCGGAAUAAACCCGAUGUGCUUUUCAUUCGUCUCCCGAACAUUCUGUCUCUCCUCUGUAUCGUCGUCGGCGUCGUCUGGCUCCUGCUCCUCCCCUUGAACGACUACUCCCGCCACACCUACAUCUCCGAGAAUGCGCUCUUGCCUGGUCAAGUGCAUGCCUAUUUCACCGGCAGCGAACAAAAUAUCUUCCGAGGAUACAAAAAGGAGUUGGAAGUGCUGCUAAACGAGGGGCGUGAGAAUGACGUCUCUCAAGAUGAGGUGGCCGUGACCCCAGCGGCCCACAACAAGUUGCACUCGAUCUUGCAGGCUGCGGGGUUGAAGGUUGCGACGCAGAAGUACGAGUAUACCUCCGCCGGCAUCACCCACCAGGGCGAGAACAUCUAUGGUAUUAUCCAUGCGCCGCGAGGUGAUGCCACUGAGGCAAUUGUAUUGGUCGCGGCGUGGAAGACCGCAGAUGACGAGUUAAAUCUGAAGGGCGUCACAUUGGCCCUGACACUGGCUAGAUACUUCAAACGUUGGUCACUAUGGUCCAAGGACAUCAUCUUCCUUUUCACUCCCGACAGCAAAACAGGAACGCAGGCAUGGAUUGACGCCUACCACGACCUGCAACCGGCAUCCGUGCAACCGCUCCCAUUGAAGAGUGGGGCAUUGCAAGGCGCGCUGGUCAUCGAAUUCCCCUUCGAUCAUAACUUCCAAUCACUCCACAUUGUUUACGACGGCGUCAAUGGCCAACUGCCUAAUCUAGACCUGUUCAACACGGCCGUCUCCAUCGCGAGCGGCCAGAUGGGCAUGGGAACCAAUCUGCAAGAGAUGUGGGAACACGACGACAGCUACCAGUCACGUCUGAAGACCAUCCUACGUGGCAUGACCAAACAAGGCCUUGGCUACGCUACUGGUGCCCAUAGCAGCUUCAUGCCCUACCACAUUGAUGCCAUUACUCUACAGCCCAAGGGCCACGGAUGGGAAGACGAGAUGGCGCUGGGCCGAACCAUCGAGAGUCUCUGCCGCAGUCUGAACAACCUGUUGGAGCAUCUGCACCAGAGUUUCUUCUUCUACCUGCUUAUGCAGUCGAACCGUUUCGUCAGCAUUGGAACUUAUCUACCCAGCGCGAUGCUGAUCGCAGGAAACUUCACUAUCAUGGCAAUCGCGCUGUGGAUGCGGACGGGCUUUUACUCAGACCCCAAGACGAGCACCCUGAUUUCGGAGCCCACGAGUGAGAAGUCUUCUGGUUCCAAGGCCCAGUGUAGCACGGAAGUGAAGAUCAAGGGCAACCCCGUUGCCGAACGUCUCUUGGCCAUGCCGCUUACUCUGGUCAGCGGUCUCCACCUGCUUGGCCUUGUUCCACUUUGGAUGUUCAAUACCCUUUCCUAUCAGUAUUUCACGACUGCCACCUACACCUUCGUCGUCGUGGAUAUUGUUCUGCCACUGCUCCUCGCGGCAUUACUCUCUAAUGGUCUGGGACUAUCGGCACCCAUCGUCCCGCAACAGUACCUCUUAAUCAAGUCUUUCGCGCUUCUCCUGUUGGGCUUGUCGCUUUCCACCCUGGCGACUCUCAACUUCUCCCUUUCCUUCAUGAUCGGUCUCCUGUGUGCUCCUCUCAGCUUCAUCACUCGCCUUCAGGGCCCUUCGGCCCCGGUUCGAUAUGCCGUCUCUACCCUGGGGCUCUUACUCUUGAACCUGCUCUCCCCGCCCAUUGUUCUCUUGGGUGUCUGCUGGUACACUGGCGUGUCCGUUGAGACGGUCAUGACCCAAGCCGCGUUCGGCUGGGAUGUGUGGGGCAUGUGGACGUCGGUUGUGGUGUGGUGUGUGUGGUGGCCAGCCUGGCUUAUUGGCUGCGUGUUGUUGGGAUCCUCCAUGUUCUAA